GAUGUCUCUUUUCGCUUAAAUGGAAAAGAAUGCCUAAUUUUAAGCAGAGCUCUAAAGAUAUGAAGAGCAGGCUGACUUUCUAUUUCGAAAGUAAAGGAUGGAAAGAAUAGAAUCCUUUACGGAUUAAUUUGAAUUUUUAGCAAAUGAAUAUCCAUGUGCUGUUUAUUAUUAAGUAGAAGAGUAAAUUAAUUAAUAUAGGGUUUGAUUUAUAAUUCAGUAUAUGCUGCUUAUUAAUCUGCAAGAACUUAGGAUGAGGAAAUGAGAUAGAAGUUUGUGAAUGUAAAUAUUAUUUUUGAGUUGAAUAGGCAUAAUCAGUUUAAGAAGUCUAUUAGAUAGCUCAACAUAUUGAUGAUCCACCACAUUGGACAAAAUAAAGAUUGCGAAUAAUGGAGGUAUUGUUAAGAGACAAGUUCAGGAGAAAUGCUGAUAUUAGAGAUUCGUUGAGAGCCACUAAUAACUAUUAAUUGAUUCAUACAUUUACACAUUCUACUCCAAGCAAUCAAUAUUGGGGAGUAGUAGAUGGAAAGGGUUAGAACCAAAUAGGAAGAUUACUUGAACAAAUUAGAACAGACAUUAAUAAUUAUGAAGAUUAAGAUAAAUGGUUAUUAAUGACAUUUCCAAUUGAAUAAGAAUCAAAAAUGAUACCAAAAGUUGAGUUGAAGGUUUUGAAAGGUAAAAUAAUAAAUAAAUAAAUUAAUAGAGGGAGAAAAUUUACCAAAAAUAGAAAUGAAACAUUCAACUUUUUUAUAUUUUGGAUCUCAUUAAAGAAAUCAUGUUCAUUUAGCUCAUCCUUCUAUAUCUAGAAGACAUGCAGCAAUAUUUGUCAAUAAUUAAUCAUAAAUAUGUUUAGUAGAUUUAGGUUCUAAGGGAGGUACUUUUCAUAAUGAAUAAUUUGUUGAACCCCAUUUACCAGUGGUAUUGGCUAAUGAAGACAAAAUUAAAUUUGCUAAAAGUACUAGAAUAUAUUAAGUGUUAAUAUCUUAUGAUGAUUGUAAGAAGUGGUUGAAAGAUAAAAUUGAUAAAUUACGUAAUGACGUAAGAUAAUUGGAACGUAUUAAUAAAGGGAAAAUGAGUAAAGAAGAGUUAAAAGCAACAUUAUCUGGAGCUAUAGAAGAUACAAUUCUAAUAAAGAAUUUACCUGAAAAAGCUAGUCAUUUAGAAUUGAUGGAAUUAUUUAGAAAAGAAGGCAAAAUAAAAGAAUUGAAAAUUCCAAUUGAUCGUCAAACAGGUAAUACCAGAAAUGUAGCAUUUGUUAGAUAUGAAAAUGAUAGAGAUGCUAAAAGAUUAAUCAGUGACCGAAAUAAGGUAUUUGAGUAUAAAAAUGAAAAACUUCGAAUAAAAUUAGUAGAUUAUGCAUAUGUUGAAAAGUUUUAAGAAGAAUUGAGAUGGGGUAUUACUGAAUAAUUACCAUAACCAAUUCAACAAUAACAAUAAUAGAUCUAAUAACCUACUUAAUCGAUUUAACCAACAGUUACAAAACCAGUAGAAAUCAAAUAAAAAGUACCUGAAUCCAGUAGUUCUUCUGAUUCUGAUAGUGAUUCAUCAUCUGAUUCAUCUUCAGAUUCUAGUAGAAGUAGAUCUAAAAGAAAGAAACACAAAAAACAUAAACAUAAAAAGGAUAGACAUCAUAAGAAACAUCAUAAAAGAUGA